GAAGGAUAAGUUUCGAAGUUUUGGAGCACUUAAAACAGUCUUCACGCCUAAACCGUGAGAGCUAUUUAGGAUUAAUUGGAUUUUAUUUCUUUAGUGCGAUAAUUUCCCUGUAAUGUAAUGUCUGCCGUUGGUAGCGAUCGCUCCGUUGUCUUUGUCAUACGUCAUUGUCUCCUCCCGGAGCUUUCGGCCGAGAUCAAAACAAGCACGUACCAGUCCCUGUAGGAAACACUUGUAGGCUGGGAUGUACUCGAAGAAGACGAAACUUGAGGCCACAGCCGAUCUUCGUGCAGCAAAAUAAAACAAGACUUUAUUGAGAACAUACGUGAGGAUGCUUCUGUCCCUGUCCGUGCUGAUCCUCUACGUGCCGUUAGAGGGCAGCAGCUCACCAAUCAGUUGCUACAAUGACCAAGGAGAUGCUGUUGAUUGGUUCUAUAUAUACAAACUUCCCAAAGAGCAUGGCAGUAAGUCUCCUGAACAAGGUGAGAUGUAUUUGCUUUUGGACCAAGGAAGUGAAGGAUGGACUAAAGGGAAGGGGACAGUGAAUGACACCACGAGCGCCCUGGGCAGGACGGUCGGACAGCUGUACACGCAGGGGAAGAAUACAGACAUUGCAUACAUCCUUUACAAUGACCAGAAGCCACACGAGGACUCGUCUGGUGACAGAUGGGUUCAUAACAGUGAGAGCAGAGGGGGUCACACGAAAGGUGUUGUGCUGCUGGAUAAAAAUCAGGGUUUCUGGUUGGUCCACAGCACCCCUCAGUUUCCUCCUGUUCAACAGGCAGGGGAGUAUUAUUACCCCAGCAGCGGGGAGAAUAAUGGGCAAAACUUCAUCUGUGUUACAUACCCGCUCGACCAUUUCCAGACCAUCGGAGAACAGCUGGAGAUCAAUCAACCUAAUGUGUAUGACUGCAGCAUCCCAGAGUCUUUGGCAUCCCAGGUGCCUUCGCUCGCUGCUCUUUGUGGCAAAAGAAAUCGGAAAUAUGAAUUCUUUCCACAUGCCAAACCUGUGUCCAAUCGCAGCGUGACACUCACCUCAAAGGGUGGGACAAACUUCAUCAGCUUUGCCAAAGGAGCCUCUUUUGACAACGAUCUGUAUCAUGCGUGGGUGGCCCCAACCCUCCAGUCAGACCUCUUGGUCCAGUUCUGGAUUCGCUCCACGGGCAUCCUUUCUUCCGACUGCUCGGAUGACUGGAAGGUCCUGAACAUCAAGCUCCUCAACCCUGGGCAGACGUUCUCCUUCAAGACCAGCCAGGACCACUCCAAAUGGGCGGUGAGCCCCAGUGAGACUGGGGCUGGUGGAGGCUGGGUGUGUGUCGGGGACAUAAAUCGAGAUGAGGCUGAGGAGAAGCGGGGUGGAGGCACAGUGUGUCAUCGUGAUCCGGUGGUGUGGAAGGCUUACCGAACAGCGGCCUUGGACUGUGAGGACUGUCAAGGAAAAACAGUCCAGUGCUGAGAGUCUGGAGGAGCCAGAUGUGUCAACUUGGACAUGAUGAGUCAUGAGGGUGAAAAAAUAUAACGCGAACAGGGUUUUAUGUGGAUUUAUUUGUUACAGAUUUCUGUUCACAUCUAGUGAAAUCUAUGUGAAAUAUUUAGCCUUUAACAUUUAGACAAUUUCAGUUUUUUAGUUUAAACACAUUCCUGCCAGACGUUUUACACUAAUCUAGUGAUCAGUAGAUGACAGUAAGAUGCCAAUAAACAGCAAUGCAAUAUUUCAAUCAGUCCAUAGAGUCUCAUCUUCAAAUAAUUACUAUUUAACAGUAAAUAGUAAUGACUUUCAAGUAUGUGCAGGUGUUAUUGUUUAUUUCAGAUUUGAUUCAUAGUGACCAAAAAACCAAACAUCUGCAUCUAAUUUAGGUGUAACUAGAAGUCGUGACAUUACACAUUAAAGCCAGUCAUCACUCACACCUACUAGAGAAGUAGACAUAUACUUCAAAUGAAAUGAUCGACUCGUCCAACUUUAGCUAAAAUAUAAAAUUUCCAUCAGCCACAGACACUCAAUGGGAGCAUUUUACUUGUUCCUCUGUUAAGUAUGAUUUCAUGUGGUUAUCAAGGGUUAUAGAGUUGUUCUCUUUAUAAUUUUAGAUUUUCUGGAGCUGGAAUAGUUAUGAGUAAUAUGUUCAUUUUGUAAAAGACAAAAACCUCAAAAGUGGCACUUUAGUGGUUCAAGCAUCUUUAUAACCACUGGGUACUGUUUUCAGAGAAACUGAAGAGACACUGGUGCGAACGGGAUGAGUGCCGUUUCACUCACUGACAUUUUCUGCUUUUAAACAUUAGCUCGUUUAUUCUCAGGGAGAAUUCCAAACCUGCUGGUUAAUUCUUUUUAAUCAAAUGUGGGAAUGAUUGUGCUUAAUAACAAUCUGUCACUGAUGAUAAAUUACAGACACUUGAAUCAUUAACCAGGCUUGUAUGAGUGUGUGUGCAUCUCCAGCAUGAGCUUUAGAUUUGAUACUUUUCCACAUAUAUACAUUAAUUCUGACCCUGACUGUGCUUGAAGAUUGUCUUGUCACUGGUUGUCUUGAAUUUGAAUAAAGAUACGAAGAAAAAUAUGUA